AUUUCACACAGCCGCAUUAUUUAUUUUAAAGCUUGCACUGGUAAACUUACUUACGAUAUAAACACGUCUAGUGCUGUCAAUGAAAUAAAAGUAUCAUAACUAUAUACUUUUAAAUUAAAAGGCCCUUAAUAUCUGCAAGAUAUAUCUGCGAGAAAUAUGUCAAGAAUCUUUUUAAAGAAGCCCUUGUUAGUUCAAAAUUUCGGGUUUAUAUCGUCCUUACAAAAUGCACCAUUGUCGACAAAAAAAUAUACAGUGUGUGCUAGAAGAAAAGAAUUGAACAAGGUUCAAACCAGGGGAUUGGCUACAGGAAUAAUAAAAUCACCUCUAGGACCUUGUCCAAAAAUACCUAACGAAAAUUUAGUGGAAUAUAUUUACAAAAAUGUUGACGAAUUCAUUGAAGAACCGGCAGCGACUUGUGCUGUUUCUGGCAGAUCUUAUACACAUGGGAUGCUGCGUAUGUUAGUAAAUAAAUGUUCGCAAGCUUUACUGGGACACUGUGGGCUAAAACCAAGAGACGUUAUUGGAUUACUUCUUCCAAACAUUCCAGAAUUUUUAAUUAUUUGCCAUGGGGCAAUGGAAGCUGGCCUUACUGUUACUUUUGUCAAUCCUUUAUAUACACCAGAUGAAAUAAGAAGACAAUUUGAAAAUGCUGGUGUUAAAAUGAUUGUGACGGUGCCAAUUCUUUUGGAAGUCGCCACUACAAUAGGACCUUUAUUGCCGAAAUACAACUCGACCAUAUGCAUAGGAGGUGAAGACGAUCCAGCCAAUAACGUCCAUGGACUUAUGAGUCUAUUAACAGCAGGAUACGAAAGCGAGUUGCCCGGUAUAAGUCCAAGAGAAUUGGCACUUUUACCUUACUCCAGUGGCACCACUGGACUUCCAAAGGGUGUGAUGCUUUCACAUCACAAUUUGGUUUCUAACUUGGUGCAAGGAGAUCAUCCAGCUUUAAUGGACAAACUUACAAAAGAUGGAAAACGACAAACAAUUUUUACAGUGCUGCCAUUCUUUCAUAUUUUUGGCUUUAACGGUAUCAUGAACUUGAGUUUAAGAGAUGGCCAACAUCUUAUAACAAUUCCCAGGUUUACACCGGAGGAUUACAUUAAAACUUUGAUCGAGUACCGCCCUUCCUUUUUGUUUGUAGUUCCCUCUUUACUUUUGUUUUUGGCAACGCACCCGGCUGUAACAAAAAAACAUUUGGCUUCCAUUGAGGGUGUUCAAUCUGGAGCAGCACCAUUAACGGAGGGUUUGCUUCAAAAGUUCAGAGAAAAGAUUGGUAGAACUGAUAUUAUUAUUAGACAAGGUUAUGGUAUGACAGAAAGCUCCCCAGUUACAUUUUGUAUGCCAAAAUUAACUCCUCCUUCUAAAAUUGGUACAAUCGGCAUUCCAUAUCCCGGAACUGAAUCAAAAAUUAUAAGUUUAACGUCAGGGGAAGUUCAGGGUACCCACAAAUCAGGCGAACUUCUUGUUAGAGGACCACAGAUAAUGAUGGGUUACUUAAACAAUGAAGAGGCAACUGCUGAAACAAUUGAUGAAGACGGGUGGUUGCAUACAGGAGACGUGGCAUACUAUGACGAAGAUGCAUAUUUUUACAUUGUAGAUAGAUGCAAGGAACUUAUUAAAGUUAAAGGAAAUCAGGUUUCACCUACUGAAUUAGAAAAUUUAAUACUAGGACUGGACGGCAUUGCUGAUGCGGCGGUAGUAGGUAUUCCAGACACUUUAGCCGGAGAAGUUCCAAGAGCUUUUAUUGUGAAAAGAAAAGAUUCUGACAUCACUGAAGAGGACAUAACUAAAUAUGUUAAUUUAAAAGUAACACAUUACAAAAGAUUAGCAGGAGGCGUAAAGUUUGUUGAAAGUAUCCCAAGAAAUCCCAGUGGAAAAAUUUUAAGAAACGAACUUAAAAUUCAGAACUGUUAAAUACUUACCUGGCAUUUUUUCACUUUUAUGCAUUUUAAACUUAAUUUAGGAAUUAAAACAAAACAGUUUAGUUAAAAUUAUUUUACUUGUACUUUAAAUUAUUCCAAAUCUCAAAAUAAAUAAUUUUUUUGUUAAAAAGCAAGACUGUUAAUAAGAUAUUUUUUUGACAAUUGCAAAAUAUUUCUUGCAUUUUUAUUUAAGUCUUAAAUGCCUU